GCUUCCUCCGCCUCCCACGCCCUGAAGACUUUGAUCAGUGUGUCAACAGUCAUCCUGUUGGGGCUUAUUUGUGCCUACCAUGCGCUCGAGGUUCAGUUAUUCAUGAUUGACAACUGCGCCGACGACUGGCGCAUCGCAAUGACGUGGCAAAGGAUAGCGCGGAUAGUGAUGGAGCUCCUGAUCUGCGCAGUGCAUCCUAUCCCGGGCGAAUAUUCCUUCUUCUGGACCACUAAACUCUCCAACCAGGGCGGGGUGGUCGACUCCCAGUGGGUCCCGAUCGACAUCACGCUCUCCCUGCCAAUGUUCCUGCGGCUCUACCUUAUAUGUCGAGUCAUGUUGCUACACUCUAAGCUCUUCACCGACGCUUCCUCGAGAAGCAUUGGCGCCCUCAACCGCAUCAAUUUCAACACGCGGUUCGUCCUCAAAACGCUAAUGACCAUCUGUCCAGGCACUGUCUUGCUGGUGUUCAUGGUAUCACUCUGGAUCAUUGCGUCAUGGACUCUCCGCCAGUGUGAGAGGUAUCACGAUGAAGAACAUGCUAAUCUGCUUAACGCUAUGUGGCUCAUCGCUGUCACUAUAUUAUGUGUGGGUUACGGGGAUAUUGUUCCGAACACGUACUGUGGGAGGACCAUUGCGGUGGCGUGCGGCAUCAUGGGGGCCGGAUGUACUGCGUUAUUGGUCGCUGUUGUCUCCCGUAAAAUGGAACUUACCAGAGCUGAGAAGCAUGUUCACAAUUUUAUGAUGGACACACAGUUAACAAAGAGGUUAAAAAAUUCGGCGGCUAACGUCCUGCGUGAGACGUGGCUAAUAUACAAACACACCAAACUUGUCAAAAAGGUUAACCACGGUCGAGUCAGGACGCACCAGCGGAAGUUCCUAUUGGCCAUUUACGCGCUGCGGAAGGUCAAAAUGGACCAGCGGAAAUUAAUGGACAACGCCAACACCAUCACUGAUAUGGCAAAGACACAGAACACCGUGUACGAGCUGGUGUCCGACAUGAGCGGGCGUCAGGAUGUCCUGGACGAGCGCGUGACGACGAUGGAGGACAAGCUCACGCAGAUCCAGGAGGCGCUGGAUUCGCUCCCCGACGUCCUGGCUCGGUGCCUGCAGAAGCACCAGGAGCUCCUUGAUCAAAGGCGAGUCGCCGCCCCCUCCUCCAACUCCCUCCACCCUGACAUGGCAGCCCGGCCGGGGGGCUACCCGGCGCUCACGGGCAGCCAGUCCCCGCGGGGCUCGCCCGUCUG